CCACCCCGGCCUGGCAGCCCCAAAAGGUUGGGGACCACUGCUCUACAGUCAUCUAAGCAGAAGUUCUCUUUUUCUGCAGAGCAGAUAUUCCAUGAGCUGCUACAGGGCAGGUUCUUAGCUCCUACCAAUGUAUGUUGCCCCUAAAUCGGAGCAAGCAUUUCCGUGGGUGAAAGGGGAGUGCAGUCUGCAAGACUGGUUAGCCCUUUUCUUCCCUGAUGACCAAGUAAUAACAACCAUGGUGGUGGCUUUUGAAAUGUGUGUGCUUAUUCUCUGACAACUGUGCUGCGAGUCAAGGUGUCGUUUCACCCAGGCUGGUGACAUCAAUUUCUACUUGUGUUGCAAGUACUGGGUGGUAAUAACUCUAUAUUUCAUUCCUAAGUUAUCCAGCUCUGGAGUAGCAUGUUCUGCUUUUAUAAUUUGAGUUGUCCUCCCCAAAAAAAGAGACUGCUGCGAGUAAGGCCAUGUCAUGGAUCAAGGAAGGAGAGCUGACCAUCAUAGAGAGAUUUUGUGCCAACAUUAUAAAGGCAGGUCCGAUGCCCAAGCAUGUUGCAUUCAUCAUGGAUGGGAAUCGCCGUUAUGCUCAGAAGUGCCACGUGAAGAGGCAGCAGGGGCAUUCAGAGGGCUUUGACAAACUGGCACAGACUCUGCGGUGGUGCUUGAAUCUGGAUAUCCGGGAGGUCACUGUCUAUGCAUUUAGCAUUGAGAACUUUAAACGCUCCAAGGAAGAGGUCGAUGGGCUGAUGGAGCUGGCCAGGCAAAAAUUUAGCCGCUUGCUGGAAGAACAAGAGAAUCUGAAGAAGCAUGGUGUGUGUAUCCGUGUCCUGGGGGACCUGCCUCUUCUGCCACUGGAUAUUCAAGAAUUGAUUGCCCAGGCUGUGCUGGCCACCAGGAACUACAACAAAUGUUUUCUGAAUGUCUGCUUUGCAUACACAUCAAGACAUGAAAUCAGCAACGCGGUGAGAGAGAUGGCCUGGGGUGUGGAACAAGGACUACUUGAACCCAGUGAUGUGUCCGAGUCAUUGCUUGAUAAAUGCCUCUACACCAACAACUCCCCCAACCCAGACCUCCUGAUACGGACCUCCGGAGAGGUCCGGCUUAGUGACUUCUUGCUGUGGCAGACCUCCCACUCAUGCCUGGUGUUUCAGUCUGUGCUGUGGCCAGAAUAUUCCUUCUGGAACUUGUGUGAGGCUGUCCUUCGGUUCCAGGUGAACCACAGCGAUUUACAGAAAGCCAGAGAUUUGCACAUGAAGGAAAGGAAGCGGCAACAGCUGGAAAGUGACCAGGCUUAUGUAACAAAUAAACUGCAACAGGAAGGGUCUGCAUGCCAUGGAGAUUCUCAGCGCCGAUGGACACUCUUGCAGAAAUGCACUGCCCUGCGGGAAGAGAGAAUUCAGGGCUUUCUUCAGGCUUUGGAGAACAAAAGAAUGGACUUCCUCGAAAGAUUGUGUACAGUGUCUGCAUGACCUGGGUAGGCCUUGUGAGAGUGAAUAUCAACAGUGUUAGAAAUAACACAACUGCUUGGACAGAGGAAUUCACUGUGUGUGGGUUUCCACACUGGUGAUGCAGAAUUGGUACAAGAUUUUAUAUUCCCAGGGCACUAUCCAAAGGGCGGACGCUGGGUAUUAUGAGGCUUUUUAGUUCUGUAAAUGCCACUGAAGAAGAUAAUGUCUCAGGAUGGUCUUGCCUCCCACCACUAAAAAUGGAGAAGGGAAUACAGUGUCCCCUCUCUUAUUUCUGCUGCCUGACACUUUGCAUCUCUGGGAACUUUUGUAAUAAGCAGUUGAUGAGAAUUAACUUCCAUGUGGUCACCUCAUGAGUCAGCUGAGGCAAAGCAACCCAGUUCUCCUUAAAUCUGCCCUGGACCCUGUGCUUGCUGUCAUUUCAAUGAGAUUUGUUUAUUCAUAGUAACAUGGGUAAUCAACUCUUCCAAAGAAGCAUGCUAUUGCCAUUCAGUGUGGAAAGAAUUGUUUAUGGUGGAGACAUAUUAUGAGCUGUGGAAAAAAUAUUCUUCAUAAAUCAUUUUCCUGUAGAUUUUUCCCCCCUACUUUGCCCUCCCUGCCUAUUUGUUCCAGGUUUUCAUGCAUCUGCUGGUGGCUCUCAAAGAGCUGUAGCAAAAUAGACUGUCAGCCAUGCUGUCUAGAGGAAGAACUUUUACUAGCCCGUAACAUCUUUUACUUGCUUGCCCUCUCUAUAGUAUUGAAGACAGGAAGGGCACGUGUCUCUCUUUUGAGGGGGUGUGGAGAAAAAAAUAGCUGUGAAUCAAAUAACUUGUUAAAAAGAACUCAUCUGAGACAGGGAGAGAACUUGGCUAAAGCCAGCUAGGUUUUACACCUAAAUGAGUGUAAAACUCAACCUGUGUGCGCAGCUUCCCAUUCUGCUUUGGAAUAUGGGGAGGGCCUUAGCUUAAGGAUUCUGGGAUGUAUCCUUGAGGAUACAUGGGGACUAUGACCAAUAUGUGUUUCCUACUCAGUAGGGUUUAAAGAUGACAUGUAGACUAGAGGUUCUUAACAGGGAUGGUUUGUGUGGCUGUGGAGUAAUAUGAUGAUGGAAAAGAUUGAUUUGCAAUGUACUCCCUGUUUUGAAUUCUCUAUUGGCAAGGAGAUGGACUAGCUUACCUUCUAGGUUAUUUCAUCUAUGAUUUAUGUGCUUUUGUAUGGUCAGAAGCAACUGAAAAUGUCUCCAACAUGUUUGAGGUACACUGAAAUACAACACAGCUUUUGCUGUUUUUUUAAAGUAUUCCUUUUACCUCACAAUUAAAAAAAUACAGAUUUAAAAGACUUAAGUGCUGCAAACAGCACUCUGAGAGUGAUUGUGAAGAGAUUAAUUAAAAUGUCAAACUGUGAAUAAAGCAUUUCAACAAAA